CACGCUCCUCCUCUGUAUUCCGUUGGGAGACAUGAGAGAGGCCGGCUGUCGCGGUCUAGGACAGUGAAAGUAUUCCACAACGAGACUGUUCGUAGGAGCAGGCAGGCAUCUGCAUUCCCCAGGUGAAAGGUGCAUGUUUCAGUUCUGGGUCGCAAACCUACAGCCAAAACAUACAUACAAGGAUAUCCUAUCCAAGUGCCAGUGGAGAUGCUAAUCCUGUCAUGGAGAGAGUUGGCACAGCAGGAUGAGCUGCCUUGUGAAGGCUGGGACUGGGACGAGCUACACAGAUGGGAAAGACAGAAGAAGAGGCAGGGGCAGACGCCAGCAUGGCAUCUAUCGCUGACUACUACGCAGGCAAGAAUGUGCUGAUCACUGGCGCCACGGGCUUCAUGGGCAAGGUGCUGGUGGAGAAACUGCUGCGGUCCUGUCCAGAGGUCCGAACCCUCUACAUCCUGGUCAGACCCAAGGCUGGACAGUCCAUGCAGGAACGGGUCAGCGACAUGAUGAAGUGCAAGCUGUUUGACCGCGUGAGGGAGGACAACCCAGACUUCCACCAGAAGAUAGUUCCUAUCAGCAGUGAGUUGACACAGCCUGCCCUGGCCAUCAGUCCUGAGGACGUAGAGAGACUGACCUCCUGCGUCAACAUCAUCUUCCACUGUGCUGCCACCAUCCGCUUCGACGAACCCCUCAAACACGCCCUGCAGCUGAAUGUGAUUGCGACGCAGCAGCUCCUGAGUCUGGCUCAGCAGAUGCACCACCUCCAGGCCUUCAUCCACAUCUCCACAGCCUAUGCCAACUGCAACCGCAGGCACAUCGACGAGAUCAUCUACCCACCGCCUGUAGAACCCAAGAAGCUCAUCGACACCCUGGAGUGGAUGGAGGACAGCAUUGUCCGUGACAUCACACCACGCCUCAUCGGGGAGCGCCCAAACACCUACACCUACACCAAAGCCCUGGCAGAGUGCGUGGUUCAGAGGGAGAGCAGCAAGCUCAGCAUCGGCAUCAUCAGACCCUCCAUAGUGGGAGCCAGCUGGCAGGAGCCUUUCCCUGGCUGGAUCGACAACUUCAAUGGACCAAGCGGAGUCUUCAUCGCCGCGGGGAAGGGCAUCCUGCGCACCAUGAGAGCCAACAAUGAUGCGGUGGCGGACCUCAUCCCUGUGGACGUGGUCAUCAACCUGACCCUGGCCGCUGGCUGGUACACGGCAGUGCACAGACCCAAAGCAGCGCUGGUUUACAACUGCACAACGGGCGGCAUCAACCCUUUCCACUGGGGAGAGAUCGAGCACCAUGUGAUGUCCAGUUUCAAGAGGAACCCUCUGGAGCAGGCUUUCAGAAGGCCCAAUGCCAACAUCACCUCCAACUACCUGAUGAACCAGUAUUGGGUCCUGGUCAGCCACAAGUUCCCUGCCCUCAUCUACGACCUCUACCUGAGACUGUCUGGACAGAAACCCCAGAUGAUGCGUAUCUUCAACCGGCUACACAAGGCCAUCGGCCUGCUAGAGUACUUCAGCAGUCAGGACUGGGAGUGGAACUCAGAGAACAUGAACAUGCUGAUGAGCCACCUCAGCCCGGAGGACAGGAAGACAUUCAACUUUGACGUGCGUCAGCUGAACUGGCCGGAAUACAUAGAGAACUACUGCAUCGGCACCAAGAAGUACGUUCUGAAUGAAGACAUGUCCGACAUCCCUGCAGCCAGGCAACACCUCAGGAAGCUGAGGAACAUCCGCUACACAUUCAACACUCUACUGCUGGUCUUCAUCUGGAGGGUGUUCAUCGCCCGCUCUCAGAUGGCUAGGAACAUCUGGUACUUUGUGGUCAGCCUCUGCUUCAAGUUCCUCUCCUACUUCAGGGCCUCCAGCACACUUACCAACUGAUGACCAACUGACCGUUGACCAGCUGAACGCCCUGCUCACCUCAACCAGACCACACCCCUCAGAC